AUGUACAUUUUCAGCUCGUUUUUGCCGAGCUUACUCCUCUUGAACUCUGCAGCAUCAGCACACCUAGCAGGAACCGAAGAAUUUAUACGUAGUCAGCAAGCUAUUGCUGAGAUACCUGCUUCAAGAAGUUCUCGAAAUGAUCUUUCUUCAGUAAUCUCGGAAUCACCACUGCUGUCACUCCAUCGAGCAUUGGUAGAAGUUCCAUCGAUUUCUGGUGAUGAAUUAGCAGUAGGCAAGCUUGUCGUCUCAACCCUAAAGGCUCACGAUUUUAUCAUUACUACACAAGAAGUUCCGGACCCAGAUAACAGCACAGCGAAAAGAUGGAACAUAUAUGCUACACCAGACCCGAAGAAGUACUCAAAGCGCUCAAUAGGCUCUGAGUCACGAGUCAAGCCAUCCAGCCCAAAGGUUCUUCUGAGCUCACAUAUCGAUACCGUACCACCAUUUAUACCAUACAAACUAUCACGAACCAAGAACUCUAGCUCACGAGACGACGUCUUGAUCUCCGGCCGAGGCACAGUCGACGACAAAGCUUGCGUAGCAGCUCAGAUCAUAGCAACCCUCAACCUGCUCUCAUCUUCAUCCACAGACUUUCAUGCCAGUGACAUCGCUCUCCUCUUCGUAGUCAGCGAAGAGACAAACGGCUACGGUAUGAAACACUUCUCGAACUCAACUCUUUACGAUUCCAUCAAAGACUCACUUUCUGCAAUCAUUUUUGGCGAACCCACUGAAGGAAAAUUAGCAAGCGGUCACAAAGGCAUCUCGAUGGCUCAUCUCGUCGCUCGCGGCAAGGCAGCACACAGUGGUUACCCGUGGCUUGGUCGAAGCGCCAAUAGCAUGAUCAUCCCAGCGCUUAUGAUAUUGGAUAAAUUAGGAGACUUACUACCUGAAGAAGGCGGCUUACCAAGAAGUAAGAAAUACGGCAAUAGCACAGUCAACGUGGGCUAUAUCAGUGGUGGCGUGGCGGCGAACGUCGUUCCUGCACAUGCUGAAGCGAAAGUUGCGUUUCGCCUUGCUGGAGGGACGCCAGAGAGUGUCAAGAAGACUAUUUUGAACGCUAUCAAAGGAGCAGAUCCAAAGGGUGAAUUGGAGGUUGACAUUUUCCAGGGAUAUGGACCUGUGCCGUUGGAUACUGAUGUGGAUGGGUUUGAGAGUAUAGUCGUGAAUUAUGGUACGGAUGUGCCAAAUCUUGAGGCGAAGGAUGGGGUGAAAAGGUAUCUGUAUGGUCCAGGAAGUAUAUUGGUAGCACAUGGGGAUGAUGAAGGGUUGACUGUGGGUGAUAUGGAAGCAGCGGUCAAGGACUACGAAAAGCUGGUCAAGCAUGCGUUGACAUUAUGA